AUGCAGCACGGACGGUCUAUCAUUGCCCUCUCCGUCGCCCUCUUCACCUCCUUGCGUCGUCGGCCGUGGGACACGGUCCUGUCGCUUCACCACGUAGUUGCCCCCUCCCCCCUCUCCGCACGUGUGAGCGAAACCCUCCCUUCCCUCUCGGCGCUGGGCGUCGAUAAGGAUUCUGGAUGCGCGGGGAAGGACGUGGCCAUCGUCAAUGGUCGAGAUCGAUACUCCCCGAGAAGCACCGUGACCGAUUCGGGGCUCGCGAGGAACUGGAUCAACACGCCCGGACCAGAUGCCAGACCAUUAUUGGCGGGCAUAGAGCAAGUAGCACCCACAGUGCGAACCCGAGAUAAGAUUAUUCAGCGUCGACCGACUGGCUGCUUGCUGGGCCACGAGCCUGGUAUACUUCCGGAAAUGCUCCUACCGAUGGUCGGGGCCCGCGCACGGUCACUUCCAUGCGGCUCCGGGGACUCCCCCCCCCCGCUCUGGUUCUUUUUUUGGGGCCGCUUUUCACGAAGUGGGACGCUUCCCGAAGAGCGCGAUUAUGGAUCGAGAGGGUUGGUGGCAAGUCCCGGGCACCCUGGAAAUCGCCCCGGCCACGAUCGUAAGAGGAUCUGA